CUCCCUCAAAACAUUGAUAAACCGGUCUCCCUGCGUAAAUAUGUGACAAGAGCAUGACUUAUCAACGUAGGAAAGCGGUUUGCAUUUUUUUGCAGUGUGCUGUGUUUAUUUUAACAAUUGUGUUAACGACUCAAACUAAAUCGGAAAAGCAAAAUGAUUCAAAUGCCUGUUUUUGCAAGCUGAAUGGUGAAGUAGACGACUGCACUUGUAAGGUUGAAAACCUUGAUACAUUGAACAAUGAGAAGAUAUUUCCCGUCCUCCAAAGCUUACUACAGAAAGACUACUUCAGAUACUUCCAAGUCAAUCUGAAGAAGCAUUGUCCAUUCUGGACAGAUGACAGCAGGUGUGCCAUGAAAGACUGCAGUGUGUCUACCUGUGAAGAGGAUCAAGUACCAGAAGGAUUAAAGAAUGGGGGCAGUAAGUAUGCUGCAGAAGCCCAAAAUGAAAACACAUGUGAUGAGGAACGAGAGUUAGGGGCCUUGGAUUCAACCAUCAGUGCUGAGAGCAAAGCUGCUUUCCAAAACUGGACCAAACAUGACGAUAAACUACAAACAUUUUGUGAAUUGGAUGAUGAUAAAUCUGCUGACAUGGAUCACGUCGACCUCCUGUUGAAUCCUGAGCGUUACACUGGCUAUAAGGGAGUUAGUCCCCACAGGAUCUGGAGGAGCAUUUAUGAGGAAAACUGCUUCAAGCCAAGUGGGAAAUUUCAGUAUGGUUCUCAGCAGUCACUCGCUGCAAUGUGCCUUGAAAAGCGAGUAUUCUAUCGUCUCAUCUCCGGUCUCCACACCAGUAUCAACCUACACCUGUGUGCCAAGUAUCUCUUUCCAGCUUCUCUCUAUAGUGCCCCCACUUGGGGCCCCAACCUCCAGGAAUUUACAAAAAGAUUUGACCCGGAUGCUACCAAAGGGCGUGGGCCACAGUACCUGAAAAAUCUUUACUUUACCUACCUGGUAGAACUGAGAGCAAUUGCAAAGGCAGCACCAUAUUUAGAACAGGAAGAUUUUUUCACUGGUGACUCAGAAGGUGACAAAGAUGUCAGAAAAGGGGUCAAAGAAUUCAUCAAGAUUGUGAAAUCCUUUCCAGACCAGUUUGACGAGAGUAAAUUGUUCCAGGGAAUACCAAUGGAAGCCUCUGAGCUUAAAGACGAGUUUCGAAAUCAUUUCCUCAACAUUUCCCGGAUCAUGGACUGUGUGGGCUGUGACAAGUGUAAACUCUGGGGCAAAGUUCAGAUUCAAGGAAUGGGAACAGCUUUGAAGAUUCUUUUUUCUGGAGAUUCCAUUGGGCCACUAUCUACUGUAGACGCUUUACAGAAACAGGAUUUCCAACUCAGGCGAACAGAGAUUGUUUCUCUUUUCAAUGGUUUUGGCAGACUGUCCAGCAGUAUUAAAGAAAUAGAGUUGUUUAAAAGAAUGCUUCAGUGACCCUUCAUCUUUCAUAGCAGUGCUUCAGUGAUAAUUUGAUUUGUGAAACUUCUUUUAAACUGGAAUUGGGGUGGUACUAUUUUUGCUAUGUUGAUGCUGCAGUAACACUUGUAACUGAAAGAUGAAGCUGUGAUGAUUUCUCCUGUUUUAUGUAACUGUAAGAAUCUCAUUGUUUUUGUCUCAGUGAGCCCUCAGGAGGUUAAGAAUCAUGGUAUUACAUUAUUGCUUGAUCUACAGUGCUACUUUUCAAAAGAUAGUUUUAAUUUUGCAUUUUUUAUUAGUUUAACAAAUAAAGGUAAUAUAAACAAUCUUUAAAAUAAUUUUUUUUUUUAGAUCGUUUAAAAAAAAAAUUUAAAUUACCUUUAUUCAGCAAAUUAUGGAUAUCAACAUAUAGGUACUUAGUGAGCUUAUGUCAUGGUGCGGCAUCCGUCAUCUGUCCAUCGUCAAAUUUUCAUUCAAAAGAUUUCUUUUCUAGAACCAAAAGGCCCAGAGGCCUUAUGUUUGGCAUCUUACAUGCUGGAUGAAGAGCUUCCUUAUUUGUGUAAAUGAAUGACCUUGGCUUAUAUACAGGGGUGAAAAUUUGUUUAAAACAAUUGAACAAGUUCUUCUGAAAACUGAAAAGGUUUCGAGUGAUGGCAUUUGGCCAGUGGUUUCUGUAAUGAAGGGCAGCCAACCUAGGGCAUUUAUAUUCAAAUGAAUGACGUUAAUAUAUAGAUGUUCCACCUUAAACUUGCAUAUAUUAUAACCAGGUGAGCAAUACAAGUCCAUUUGGCCUCUUGUUUCAUCAAAAAUGAUGUUGAUUUCAUGUUGUCAUGUAAGGUGGUUGUUUUGUUGAAGGAUAAAUAUAUAUUUGAUGAAUUCAGACAUUGACCAUCUGAUAUCAAGUGUAUCAUGAGAUGGCAGGAUAUUGAAAACCCCUCAGGUUAUCAGAGUAUUGUCUAUAUUUGGUUUAUAUUAUUUUAUAUAUACAUACUAUGUCUCUUUUUUUUGGCACUGGAGAUGGUCCAUACGCAUUAAAGUAUCUAAUAAUUUUAUUCUCUAAACUCACUGACUUCAUGUCAGAUUGAUCAGUUAAAGAAAAAAAAAAUUUUUUUUUUUUUUUUUUUUUUUUUUAAAUAUGUCAUUCAGAAUUUUUUUUUUGAAAAUAUUACUUUAGAUUUGGUCCUGUUAACAAAUCUUGAGAACCCAAAUAGUUUACCUAGACAUUAAAAAAUUAAGUUAGGCAAUAAGUUGAUUUAGUAUAGGUAAUUUGAGUUCUGUAGGUUUGAGAUCAGUUCAAGAUGUUCACCAUUUGUGUUUGAGAUUUACUACUAUGUGAAUUACCACUGGUGCUGGAUUUUUGUGUGAAAUAGCAUGUUAUUGCUACCUUCAAUGAUUUUCUCUAGUCAUCACAAAAUAAAUUUGUAACAAUUUUUAAGUUUUAAUAUAAAAAUAGGAUGAGAACAUUCAUGAAUAUACAAGUCUUUGUUAGGUAUUUUUUUUAUUGCAUUGACAUCAGGUGCACUUAGAUGAUUUUUACCUAGGUACUGGAAAUGGUCAUGCUAAAGCUUUUUUUUCUAAUUUUAAAUUAAUCAAUGUAUCAUCAAAAUAUUCAAUCGAAAACAUUUUUUCCCGACUAUAAAAAGCAACUGUCAAUCCCUGGGCCGGGGAAUGAUCUAUAUUUCUACUUUACAUAAUGUUGAUCCCAUAUGGAUUUCAGAUUAAUGAGGAAAUUUGUUGAUAAGGCUUCUUUCAGUUUUAUCGAUUCAAAUUCCAGACAAUGUUCUUUAAUUUUUAUUUAUUAUUUUAUUGCUGUUGCAAUACUUGUUAAAAUGUUGUAAAGAAAAAUGAUAAAAAAUUGUAUUGUCUGGAAGUAAUAUAUCCCAUGUUCUACUGAUUAAGUUUCUGUACAUGGUUAUCAUGACAGUAUAUACAGAAUCUUCUAGAUUUUUCCCCAUCAUUGUAGAUAAUUUGUUGUGAAGAUAUUUGCAGUAUUAGUUAUUUUAAAUAUGAUAUUUUGUGCAUAAAAUUUUGUUUGCAUGAGGUGGUAUUUUUAAUCAACAAGUUCAGAUUAAUUUUACCCAAAUAUUGCAAACAUUUUGAGGUCAGCUUAAGAAUAUGGCUUAGAGUGCAUUAAAAACUUUGGCGAUGGUCACUGUAAAAUGGUUUCUUCAUAAGAAACUUUCCACGUAAGUAAUUUAUGGUAAUUAGUGACACUGGCUGAGGAUACUGUUGUAUUCCUCUGUUAAGAGGAUUUUAAUUUGUUUACAACUUCGGCUAUCAGAUAGUUACUGGUUUUCCCCAUACAUCAGUUUAGACCAAACUUUUGUUUUUUAUCUUAGCAUUUACCACAAAAUUGACUACAUAUAGUCUUGUGAUCUACAAUUUUUAUGCCAGAAAUCAUGAUAUCAGACCUUUUCUUUUUAACAAUUUCAAUACUGUGAUGAUUUAAUGAGGAUUUGAGACCAGUUCUCAGUGUAUGUUUAGAUAUGGAUACAGAGGCAUUUGUUUUGCCUGUGUAAAUCAAUUAACUUAGCUAUGUCAGUGUUGGAGCCAGGCUCAGCCAUUCAGUGAUAUGACUCCCCCACGGUUGAUGGUGAUAUCUCAAGAUGACAUAUACAUUCUUUGGUGAUAUUGUGGCACACUGUCACUCUUGUGAAUUUAAUUACAUAAUGUAGUAAUUUAUUGAUUACCUGGUAAGAAGUGUAUAUGACUCUACAUUUUCCCCACUUUUUGUACAUUCCAUAUAUGUGCCCAUUUGUUUUUAAGGAAAAAUAUGUAUUUUUAAUUAGUUUGUAGAUAAAGUUGUGGCCUUUCUAAACCAAAACUUGAUCUAAAAACCUGUGUCAAUUUAACCAGGCUUCCUGCAAUAGGGUCUUAUAAUUAUGUGUAAAAUUCUUUUACAUAAUUGAAUGAGUUUUAUUGAGUACAAGAUACAAGAUAAAAGAAGAUUUAUUUAAAUUUGUAUACAUGUAUGUUAAACAAAGGACAUUAGCUCUGUAGAGCUAUUUCUACGACUGUGAAUACUUAUGAUUUCAUAUGAAUUAAUAGAUGUAUUUUCUCAAUGUGACAAUAUUCUGUAAAAUUUUACAUAUCUAUAUUAAGUAGGUCUCACAGUUCAGGAAGGGUUUUUUGUAAGGAAAAGAUGGGCAGGCACAAUUAACAAAUUAAAUUAUGUCUGUCAUGCUUCAUUAUUACAAUGGAUGUGUACAAAAACAUUAUUAACACUUGUCUACUUUAGUGUUGCAUUUGUUAAGCCAUAUUUUUUUUUGACCUUGUUGAAAGCUUGAGAAGAUGCGCAAAGUCUGGUUUGUUAGCUCACCUGGCCCAAAGGGCAAUACAACUCCUUCUCAAGAGCCAAGUAGCCUAGAGACCUGAUAUUGGGCUUGGUGCAAGCUGGGGUGUAGGGCUGCCAAGUUUGUUCCAAUGGAAGACAUUGUGUUCUUGAUAACCUUUGUACUUAAGACAUUAAACAACUUCCUGUCAAUAACAAAGGGCCUAGUGACUUGAUUUUAAGCCUGUAACUUGCUGAAGUGAAGAAAUACCAGAUUUGUUCAAAUAAAUUACCUUGACCUUCAUUCAAGUAUUCAAACAACUUCUUCUCAAAAACCAAGAGACCUUAUGUUGUGCAUGUUACAUGCUGUGAUGAAGGGCUACCUGCUUUGUGUAAAUGAAUGAUCUUGACUUAUAUCCAGGGUCUCGGUGUGGUCAUAUUUGUUUAAAACAAACAAAUUCAUCCGAAAACUCAAAAGGCUUAGACUGACGACAUGUGGCCAGUGAUGAAUUGCUGCCAACCGAGGGCAUUGAUAUUCAAAUGAAUGACCUAAUAUAUUUUCUAAAGUCGUUAAAGUCAAAGAUGUUUCAUGUUAAACUCACUUCUCAGAUUAAUGUCAGGUGAUUGAUACAGAACAAUUGGGCCUCUUGUUUACUUUAUGAAACUAUAAGACUUCAGUGAAAAUAGGUCCUGUUAUGUGAUAUAUUCGUUCAGAACAAUAAAAAGCGAAGAAAAAAAAAAAAAAAAAAAAACAAUCAAUGCACAAAUCUUAUAUUAUUCUUUUUUUCUUUAUUUUAUUCUUAUUUUUCUUUUAAAUUUUCUGAGUCUGUAAUGAAAAUGUAAAAAAAAUUCAACCACGAUGAAACAGAAAGAUUUUCUUGAUAGAAGGGGGAAAACUGAAGAAAAAAAAGCUAACUUGUUGAAUCGACAGAACAAUAGAUUUUUAUACUGAAGAAGGACUACUGUAACAUUGUAAUGAUUCAGCUUAUAGGAGAGUAAUUUUUGAAAAGUUAGUAUUGUACAUUCUGACCGAUCUGUUUUGUCUAGUAUUAAUAUUGUAUGACAAUAACAGUCUGUCUCAUUCUUAAUAUCGGGGGUAGUGGCAGCUAACACGAAAAUGGUAUUCUCCAUGUAAGAGCAAGUUUUUGUUUUUAUUACAAUAUUAAUAUUAUAGAAAUAAAAUUAUUCACUUCAUUCCUGAACAUUACAGUAUUUGGUGUAGGACCUGAAAACUAAAUUAGAGGUUACAGUAACCUGUAAAGUGUGAAAGAAAAUCUCUGAAGUUAUGUUGAUAACCCCCCAACCCACCAACCCCGCCUGCAUGACUUUUAUUUUCAAAGCUUUGUCACAGCCUACACACUAUUUGAGCUGAUCCCCGAGUUGUAACAUAUGAGUUUGUAUAUAAGUAUAUUGUUACAGUGUUUAUUACAUGGCCAUUCACCUAAUCAAUGUCUCUGCCUGAUGCUGUAUAGACAGCUGUGUAUAUUAGAGGAACGAAGUAUUCCGGAUCAGGUUUAUAACAACAGAAAUGAAGCAAAACUUUUAACUUAAAACUCCUGUCCAUAAAAAUGUAUACAGUUUUGGCAAAAUGCACCACACACCAAUAUGCUUAUUGAUACAGGUCAGAUUAUUUUACAGCCAAAGAUGAAAUUUUGUUCAAUGUGUGAAUAUUUUUGUUAAAUAUGUUUCACCUUCUUUGUAAUGUACCAAACAUUAUCUGUUUGGAAAUAUGUCUGUAUAUAUGAUUUAUUCAAAUAUAGGCUGUUCACUGGCCAGAUUUCAUUUGUUGGAGAGAUCUCCUGUUUUGUUACUUUAUGCUGCUUUGAUUGUUAAUGUGAAAGAUUUAUAAUUCUUGUUCAUUGUUAUGACUGUACAUCAAAGCUUACUCAUUGAUUUAUGAGGAAUUAUUUAAUUAUGUGUUUAAAAAUUGAAAUGGUUGUAAAAAUUAUUUCUUUAAUAUUCAUCGGUUCUAGUAACAUGACUUUUAUAACAUUUCUCUUUAAUCUGUUCUGCUCUCUGCACUUCAUUUUGCUAAUACUACAUUGAAGCAAUAUACCACCUUGCCACAAUUAUCUUCUAGAGUUAUCUCCCCUAGCAAUGUGAAAUAUAUAAGUACAAAUGUAUAUAACUAACUUACCUAACAAUUUCAGUUUUUUGGAGAGGUAAUUAUCAAGGUUAUUAAACUUGUUUGUCAUUCAAAUGUGCAAAGAAUCACCUUUCUUAACUUUUUCAGAAAAGGAGAUAGAUAUCUUUGUGGUUACUGUACAUUUACUGAUUGACAACAUUUUGCUCCCUGAAACUCAUCUUAACAUUUCAUCCUACCCUUCUUUUGUUUCUCUUUGAAUUCUGAAAGCAAUAUUAAUGGAACCUAUAUAAAUCAAGUGUGCAUUAAUUAUUUUGAAUAAAGAAAAUUAUUACAGUUGGGAAAACAUUAACAUGCAUUGUUUUUAAUCAUACUAUAAGUUGUUAAGUGUCUAUUUAAAAUAAUUGCAAAGAAUAGAUGAAAAAGACAGGGUAGGAAAAUUUACUUCAUUAUCUGCUUUCUGAAUAUUUGUUUCCUUACUAUUCUCAACAUAUUGAGAUUGUCAAUGAAAGUGUUGUGUGGAUAAAAAUAUUUAUGUAAAGUCAUUGGAAAAUGGCAUUGCUUUAAGUAUUAGGUGUGUUGGGAAGCAACCAUUAUUUAUGAAGUUUUACAUAUACAUUAUAAUAUACACAUUAAACAAUGCUACGCACCACCAUAUCUAUAUAGGCCUCAUCCUGGACAAGAACUGCAAUAAGUUUGUCAUCAAUGUUUAGGUUUUAUCUGUGAACAAUUUAAUUGAUUAUAAAAACUUAUAUUUGUCAGAUUUUUCUUCAAUGAUACAAAAGUAUGACUUCCAUUCCAUUUCACCCAACCCUCAAUUCAUCCCAGCCCAAAUUUCAUCCUAGCCCUGAUUUCACCCCAUAUCUAACUUCAUCCAAGCUCUUAUUUCACCCAAACCCUCACAUUUCAUCCCUGCCUCAUAUUCCCUCUGCCCUACUUGGUAAUUUCACCUCAACCUUCAUUUCAACCCUGCUUUCAUUUCAUUUCAAUCCCGUCCUCAAACCCUUAGGAGUCCACACACAUUUAUUUAGGAAUGCUCUAAUUACCAAUAUUUCAUAUCCCUGUCUUCUCCUUUUCUUCUUCUUCUUCUUCUUCUUCUUCUUUUUGCCCAAUUCAUCAUAAAAAUUCUUCAAAGCUUUUGAAAAAAUCUCUUCAAAAAUUUUUAAUGCUUAUCAUUUCCAUGUUUCAUGUACUCAUGUGAUUCAUACUUCAGAUUUUCUAAAUAUCGUCCUUGAAUUUAUACUGUACAUCCAAUCGUACUUUGGUCCAUGACUCAAAAGGUUACUGAUUAAUUUCCAAUGAUAUUCAUUGCUUUAACAGGUCUAUGGUUUCACAAACAUCAUUUUAAAAUAUUUUCUUUUUUAAUCAAGUCAUUUCCAGAUACAUUUUUCAAAAUGGAUUGAUUUACUAAAAUUUUUAUCUUUCAAAACUUGUUACAACAGUACUAAAUAUUGUUACUGUAGAUUAAACGUUGGAUACAGAGGUUAGCAGUUUUUCCUUUUUUUCUCUCUUCAAAUAUAUCUAUUGAAUGGUAAUGAAAUAUGGCAUCAACAAAGAUAUCUAAUGUAUUUCUGAUAAGGUCAUGCGAGUGUCUGAGGGUGUGUUUGAGGGUGUGUAUCUGAGGGUGUGUGCCAUUAAUUAUGGGCAUGACUUUAAUUCUGUAUAUUUAUUCAGAAACAAAAAUGUGUGAAUUAGGUUUUUCUGUAUAUAAAUUUUAUCUAUAGAUAAACCCAAGUCCUGGGAUUGAUAGAGGAAAUAUAUUCAAAACAAGAAAUAAUAGCAAAAUAUGAUUGAAUAUCAUUGUCUUUCAUUGAGAAUUCCAUAAUGAAAUAUUUUUAUACAUCUUUGAUUCAAAUCCUAUUUUCUAAAUAAAUGUGCUUAUAUGUG